GUGCCGUCGUCGUAGAUCGUCGAAAGGUGCCAGAUCUCGAGUGUGAUCCGAGAAGUCCUGUUGUUGGUGUGUAACGGGCGUACGUGUGUGCGCGUGUGUGUGUGUGUGUGUAGUGUUUCUUGUAGUGCACAAAGUGUGUCCUGGUGCGUGAGAUUGAACUGUCAAACAGAACCGAGGAUCCAAGCAGCCCGAAAAUGCGUGCCUUCGUCGUAGCGUCGAUACUUUGCGUUGGAUUUGUGUCCGCGUUCCCACAGCAGGCCGUUGAUCCGGCGUACCUGCGGCAGUACUACCAGCAGAUCGCUCAGGCCGCCGGUGCUCAGGGACGGGCCGAUGCGACCCCGAUCCAUGAACCGGGUGCACAGGAACAACAGCACAUCCCUCAGUAUCUGCCCCAGCAAGCCCAACAGAUCCGCCCUCAGUACCAGCAGCCACAGCCACAGGCUCGCCAGUACCAGCCACAGUACCAGCAGCCACAGCAGAUCCAGUACGUGCAGGAGCAGCAGUACCAGCAGCCCCAGCACCAGCCUCAGCCCCAGCCACAGCUGAAAGUGUCCAAGCCACGACCACAGUACCUGCAGGGUGGCCAGAAGCAACCGCUCGAGGAAGACGCCGAGGACUAUGACCCCAAUCCUUCGUACCAGUUCGGAUUCGACGUGAAGGAUGAUGAGUUCACCAACUACCAGAAUCGCAAGGAGACGCGCGACGGAAACGUGAUCAAGGGCAGCUACUCGGUCGUCGACUCCGAUGGGUUCAUCCGUACCGUUACCUACACGGCCGAUCCGAAGGAGGGUUUUAAGGCCGAGGUCAGCCGUCAGCCGACCGACAUCGUAGUCAAGAUCCCGACGCCGGCCCCCCAGUCGAGCCAGCACGAGCGCUUCGCGCAACCUAGUCAGCCCCAGCAGAACGGUGGCUACCGUCUUCAGCAGCAGCCCCAGCAGCAGCAGCAGCCAAGACCAAGACCCCAGGACUACUCUCAGUACCAGUAAAAAGCCGGAGCGAGAGAGAAAGAGCAAGAGGGAAACUAGAAACAGGUGUGUCUCGUAGGGCGGCAGAGUACUACCUCGCUGCUCUGCUGCUGCGUUGAUCCGUCGCCUGAAUCUGUUAGCUACAAUUCCAAGUGUCCUGUGUGUGGGUGUGGUGGGUGUCAAAAACCCACUAAAGAGCGAGGUAGAGGAGCGAAAAGAGCCGGCUCCUCUUACUCAUGUCGGUAUGUGUCCUCGUGGUCACAAACUAGAGCACAUGAGGUGGCCACCGUAUCAUCCUAUCCCCAAAUAUCUCAACACAACUACCGGCCUUUUGGGGAUCCCCGGACGUAAGCACAUCGCAGUCGUCACCUAGAUGGCUUCCUAUCGUAAAGUCAUGAUAUUUAAAUGAAA